GUGGCGAAGAGGGAUCCCCGGAAGAAGGAGACAAGCUUGAAGGUGACGAGGAGUCCGGCUCGAUGACGCCCACGUCGGCAGCGUCUCCAACACCAGGCGACGAAGACGUCAGCUCGCCACCAGCCGGAGAUUUGGCCUCUCCCCGCAGCUCUAGGUCUCUCACCGAUGACCCAUCCAUGCCUAAUCACCUCACAGACAGAGAUCUGAGCAGUCCGCGGUGUCAAUCGCGCGAGUCCAGUGAACAUCCGAGAAGUCCUUCAGGCGAGUCAAUGUUUUCUGAUAGAAGCGGACUGAUCAGGCCGAUGGCCGCUUCGGCCUUGAGUCCCGUUGGUGUCGCUCUUCCUCCGACGCUUCCAGCCGCAGCAGCCGCCGCCCUCCUUCCGCCACAAUCAGCAGCGAUGGCCGCGUACCUCAACGCCGCUGCUGUGGCUCACUCCCAUCGACUCAUGAUGACCUCGCCCUUGUCGCAUUCGAUCAACAGAAGUUCGAUAUCGCCACUGAUCUCCUCGUCGUCCUCGCCUCCAGGAGGAAUCAAUCAGUCGUCAUCUCCAUUGCCCAUGCAGUCUCCAUCCGGCGAUGGAAUCCUGGACUUUAGCAAACGCUCGAAAAGUGAUUUAUCCGAGAGCGAUAGUGAUGUGAUAAAUUUGAGUAAACCGGGUACGCCUCCGAGCGGUGAAACACCCUUCAACAGUCCUUUGGAUCUGUCCGUGACGACGCGGAAGAGGAGUUCCGAAGACACAAGCUCGCAACCUCCGGCACGCAAGCAACGCACGGUCGAUUUUAAACCAGCGCUACCUCAUUGGUCGUCACCAGCAUCCCAUCUGCCUUACAUUGCGGCGGCAGUUGCAGCAGCAAGUCUGUCACCGAAAACCAAUCCAUCUCCUGAUAUGUGGAAUGGUAAGAUGAAGCAGCAUACUCCGACUCCAAGCGAUGCCACUAAAGCUUUGGAGAAGAUGAGCGAGUUAAGUAAACUCGGCGGUGAAGACUUGUUCCGUUCCAUGACCAACAGCGGUUCUUCAGUGAAUUCUGCGACAAGUCGGCAUUCAGCUUGGCAAUCGCACUGGUUGAACAAAGGUGCGGAUCAAGCUAAAGAUGUUUUGAAGUGCGUAUGGUGUAAACAAAGUUUUCCGAGUCUCGCGGCGAUGACCACCCACAUGAAAGAAGCGAAACACUGCGGUGUGAAUGUACCAGUUCCUCCAAUGCAACAACAACAGCAACAGAGCAUUCAGCAACCUCAGACUUCAUCACCAUCGAAUACAACCACGUCUUCGUCCUCUUCGAACUCAUCCAAACCUAAUCAAUCCGAUCUGAAUCUGUUAAUCAAAGAGACGAUGCCAUUGCCGAGAAAGUUGGUGCGUGGACAAGAUGUUUGGUUGGGCAAAGGAGCCGAGCAGACGCGGCAGAUUCUGAAGUGCAUGUGGUGCGGUCAGAGCUUCCGAUCACUUGCAGAGAUGACCAGUCACAUGCAGCAGACGCAGCACUACACGAACAUCAUCUCGCAGGAGCAGAUUAUCUCGUGGAGGUCCAGCGACGAUCCAAAAAACGGGAGCGGGGGCGGCGGGGGCGGAGGUAGCGGCCCCGGCGGUCCCCCGGGAAGUGCAAGCAGUCACGUGAGCGCCGUACUAACCUGCAAGGUCUGCGAUCAAGCCUUCAGCUCUCUGAAGGAACUCAGCAAUCACAUGGUCAAAAAUUCUCAUUAUAAAGAGCACAUUAUGAGAUCGAUAACGGAGAGCGGUGGCAGGAGGCGGCAGACACGUGAGAAGCGAAAGAAGUCACUACCGGUGAGGAAGCUGCUGGAGCUUGAGAGGGCGCAGCACGAGUUUAAGAAUGGAGAUAACGGAAGCUUGGAGAAGAACCAGCAGACGGGAGCGGGUAGGAUAACCUGCGAGAAGUGUGGCAAUAAAAUCGAGACGUCAUUGUUUGUCGAUCACAUCAGGCAAUGCGUCGGUAUGAGUACGAAUCAGAGGAAUUUCCUGAAGAACGCGCUCAUGUCCAAUAAUAUUCUUCCGCCGGAGAGCAGAGAGAAGGCUAAGAAGUCCCCAUCGCCGCAAUUGCGAUCCCCAUCCAUUGAAACGACUAAAGAGACAGGCGAGAACAAUAAUGGAUCAUCGCCAUCGGUUCUGAACGCUAUUGAGAAGUUGAUCGAGAAGAGUUUCGAUUCGCGCGGUAGGCAGAACGCCUCAUUCCCAGGACCAGCGGCUGCUCCCAUGGGCAGCAGUAUACUUAAGAGGUUGGGUAUUGACGAGAGCGUUGACUACACGAAACCUUUGGUGGAUGCUCAAACAAUGAACCUUCUGAGGAAUUACCAUCAGCAGCAGAACUACGGGAGACGCGAGAGGAGCGGAAGCGAAUCGAGCUCAAUCAGUGAAAGGGGCAGCGCAGGAAGGAUAGAAGCGUUGACGCCGGAGAGAAAAAUGGAACCUCCUGGGAUACCAGUUGCUUCAACGCCUCGCUCGACGCCAGAUAAACGGGACAAAUCGCCGUGCUCAGAGAAGGACGUCGCAGAAAUCAGCAUAAAGAAAGAAAUCGAAGAUGAAGAUAUCAAAAUUAAGAUGGAGGACGUCGAGGAAGAUGAUAAGCAUAGUUUGCACAGCAACGGCGUUAAGGAGGAGAAGGUUGAGGUGGACGAUAGGAAGCUGACCAGUCCGCAACGGGAUGAGAGGAGUCCAUGUAGGAAUAGCACUUGCAGCCCCGCAAGCAGUGAUAGGUCCGGAACGCCAAGAAGUACAAACGGUGAUAGGAAGACCGGCAACAGUUUGGGCGCUCUUAGCUCGAUGUUUGAUAGCCUGUCAGGAGGCGGCGGAGGUGGCGAAAGUACACCGACGAGCGGCAAGAGAGGAAGCAGCCAUCCUCUGGCCGCCCUUCAGAAGCUCUGCGACAAGACUGAAACCCAUCAUACGAACAACAGGAGCUCCUCUUCGUCGGUGGCCGCUGCAUCGACGGCACCCAGCACGCCGUCCAGCUCUUCGACAACAUCCAGCUCAACUCCAGGCGCGAUCCUCGCCUUCAGUUGGGCCUGCAACGAUGCCGUCAUGACCUCCGAUUCGAUAAUGAAGUGCGCCUUCUGCGAUACUCCGUUCAUUUCCAAGGGCGCAUAUCGUCAUCACCUCUCGAAGAUGCAUUUCGUUAAAGAUGGAGUCAUCCCGGAUCCCGUUGCGUUGAAGGCCGCAACGAACCCAUCCGCUCCGAGCACCUCCAACAGCCAGACCCCAACCAAAUCUACGCCUACUCCGAGCUCCUCAGGGCCUGGAUCCACCGGCAGCAAAAGUCCCCCGACCAAUUUCGAGGAGAGUCCACAUUCGAAAUUCCUCAAGUACACGGAACUCGCCAAACAACUCUCCAGUAAAUACGUGUAGUGAUAAGUGCAUUGAAAUUGUAUAAAAAGGACACUUGUUUCACAAAUUUCUCUCCAUAGCAUUCCUACUAUUUGUACAGGUAGUUUUGUUCUUUAUAA